AUGUGUCAUGGCGUAACUUCAACAGGUUACACAGAAGUGAUCCACUGUCCAAAUAAACACAGAAAACCCUAAAUUUAUGAAUAUUGUGCGCUAAAGCACUUAAUUUCUUGAUGCAUUAAUGGUAAUGCAUGCAAGGAAACAACCUAGACUCGAUGAUGGGUAUAUGGACAAAAGAGACCCCCAUCUAUACCAGUCUAAUAAGUACCCAUCAAAGGCAUACAAUGAUCGUUAUUCCAAGAGGGAGGAUGGACGUUCCAGGGAUGACAGUUCCGCAAGCCGUAAUAGUCCCAGAUAUAUCCACAAAAAGCCUUAUAGUGAAAAAGAUAAGGGCAGACUGGAAAGAGGAGCUUACAGUUCUCCUGACAAGAAGAUCAACCAUGCCUCAACAGCAUCUUCAUCGCAUGGAGGAGGUAGCCAGAAUGGCAGUUAUGACAAGACCAAGGCCAACCACAAAGACCACAAGCAAGAGGUUCAGAAGCCAGCAUUGCGGACCUGUGGGGAUUGGUCAGAACAUAUCAGUUCCUCUGGGAAACAGUAUUAUUACAACACCAGGACAGGGGUGUCACAGUGGGAAAAACCUGAUGACUGGAAUGACUCGAAAGUAUCUAAAAGUGACAAAGGAAACAGAGGACAUCAUGACAAAGAUUCCAUGGGAAAAAACAAAUACAAUAGCGAUAGGGGAAGUUCGGGAGGGGAUCGAUCCACUAAACGCCAGGGAAGUCUGGAGUUUAACCCUAGCUUACAUAAUGAGAAACCAGAUAAACAUUAUCUCAUUCAGAAGUUCCAGGACAGUCAGAGGCAAGCUCAGCUUGAGAGCCGUGCCAACAAAACCUCCAGUAAGGACAGACACUACAAGGAAUCUGGUACUGUUAUUGAUCACAGUGGUAGUAACGUUUCAAACCGAAUCCGCAGAGACAGUGAUCAUAGGACGUCGCACCGUAGACAUGGUGCUCAGCUAGAUGACAUGGAUAUAUCACCUGACACCUCGCCAAGUUCUCGACCCUCCAGCUGUGCUGGUACCCCACAAAUGGGGCCUGCCUCUACCCCCAUUGCUUUCCCCACCCCAAAUACGGCAGCGGGACAUCACCCUAGUUCUACCCCCACAUCCACCGCCCCUUUCAUCUCCAGCAUACCCCAGCUCAUCACUCAGAUCAGCGGGGGACAGAACAAUCAAGAACUAGCCAACAAAGCUUUACAGACUCUGAAGAAGCUUCAGGAGGUAAUCACAAGACAGAUUGCCCAACAAACAACCCGAGCAAGUACUUCUCAUGCCCAGCAGGUGUCUAUGUCCACAAACUCGAUGGCUACCCACCCAGCCAUGACCCGGUCAACUCCACACUCCACAGAGAAUGCCUACAACACUGUUAACUCACACUCCCUUUCCCAACCCACACAAGUGUCCAGCCCUCAUGUGUCUGCCAAUCAUGUCAGCAACCCCUCACCAGCCUACACCUCUGGUGGAGGGAUUUAUGGGAAACUGGGGCAAAGCCAACACCAGCAGCAUAUAGGGCACCAGUCACCCUUUCAUCAGCUGCAUGUGGACACAAGUAACGGCCAAUAUGUUGUUGGGUCUACAGCGGGACAAAGUCCAAGGUCUGACCAUGGUCAAAAAUCGUCUUGUGCUAGUCCAUCAAGUACAACCAGUUCACAAGAUCUUCCAGUGGGAGUGGGGGACAUUUCUGUGACAGGGCUCAAUCAGACCAAUUCCCCUAAUGUGUCCUCUUCAUUGAGCCAGUACUAUAAUGAAAAGCUGAUAGGCCAUGUCACUGGCUGGCCAGGAGACCAGGCAGAAAGACAGGCUCGUAGGUACUGGGAGGAAGGCAUUAGUGUGGGAAGCUUUCACUGUGGGCAAGUGGGAGUGGAGCUUAAAAGGUCAAGGUCAUUAGUGAGGCUGGCUGAAAUUCAGUCAACACUUCAUGAACAAAGAAUUUUAUUUUUAUCAACACAAGUGCAUGAACUGGAAAGCAUGAAAGCGCCGAGUUUCUCAUCUCAUUCAUUCAAUACAACACAGUAGAAGAUUCAUCCAUGUUGUCCCAGAUGCUUCGGUUUUUGUGACUGUAUUGUGAUCAGCUAGGGGGGAUAACAUAGACAGGGUUCCUAGUGGUUGCUAAGCUGAGUGUGAGAGCUCAUUUGUUCAUUGUCUACAGCUAUUUUUUUUUUCACCUGGACUUUCCAUAAAAAAGAUUGCAAUUUUUUCUACAGUUAAGGGAGAGAUUUAAAUUAGAUUUCACUUUUUAAGAUAAAUUUUGAUGUUUGAGUUGAAAAUGCAUUUCUGUCAAUUCUUUGGUGUGUGCAAUGUAGGUUUUUUGUUACAUUUAUUAUAUGUGGAAUUUUAGAUCUGUAAAAAUAUGUCGAUAAUUUCCGAAAUUCAGUCCUACAAUUUUAUACAGUUCAUCUUUUUUUUAUUAUAUGCUAUAGUGUCAAUACUUUCUAAAACAUGCACAGUCUUUGUAACUAAGAUAGCAGGAUACACCAUGCUUGUGUUUUAGCCAAAAUUAAUUAAAAUGAGAAUUGGUGAUUCUUGGUUGUGAAGUUUUAAGAGUUAUGUCCCCUACACAGAUAUUUUACAAGUAUUGAAAUUGAGUAAAGUAUGGAAAUAAAAAUUUUCACAUUUUCUGUUAGGAAAAAAUAUGACAACAUUUUAUGGAAGACUUUGUACAAAAGUUUUGUUUAAAAGUGCUAUAUUGUACAUGAUCUGUAUGUACAUUGUAGGUGAAUUGUACAUAUAGUACACUAUUACACUGUAAGAAGAAAAAGAUUGAUUUUACAUUGUCGGAGACAAUUGUUCACUGUAUCCAUUUAUCAUACUAUAUAAGCAAUAGAACAACCAUUAACUGUUGCAAUAGUUUGUGUCUAUAAAGGGGAAAAGGGGGGGGGGGGCAAAUAUAAGAAAUUGUAGGAAAAACAAAUUCAAGUAAGAAAAAACAAGUAAUAUGUAGCCACUUUAAUAUACUAAUUUAUACCAUUGUCAGUUUUUAGCUCACCUGAGCCAAAGGCUCAAGUGAGCUUUUCUGAUCAAAAUUUGUCCGUUGUCUGUCGUCGUUGUUGUCGUCGUUGUUGUAAACUUUUCACAUUUUCAUCUUCUUCUCAAAAACCAAUGGGCCAAUUUCAACCAAACUUGCCACAAAGGAUCCUUGGGUAAAGGGGAUUCAAAUUUGUUCAAAUGAAGGGCCACGCCUUCUUCCAAGGGGAGAUAAUUAAGAAUUUGUGAAAAAUUAAUGGCAUCAUUAAAAAAUCUUCUUCUCAAGAACCACUGUGCUUGAAAAUAUGAAACUUAUGUGGAAGCAUCCUCAGUAGUGUAGAUUCAAGUUUGUUCAAAUCAUGACCCCUGGGGGUCGGGUGGGGCCACAAUGGGCGAUCAAAGUUUUACAUAGGAAUAUAUAGGAAAAGUCUUUAAAAAUCUUCUUCUCAAGAACAGCAAAGCCAUGAUUGGUCAUAUUUACAUGGAAGCAUCCUCAGAUAGUGUACAUUUAAAUUUGUUCAACUCAUGACCCCUGGGGGUCGGGUGGGGCCACAAUGGGCGAUCAAAGUUUUACAUAGGAAUAUAUAGGAAAAAUCUUUAAAAAUCUUCUUCUCAAGAACAGCAAGGCCAUGAUUGGUCAUAUUUACAAGGAAGCAUCUUCAGAUAGUGUAGAUUCAAAUUUGUUCAAAUCAUGACCCCCGGGGAUAGGGUGAGGCCACAAUGGGUGAUGAAAGUUUUACAUAGGAACACGUAGUAAAAAUCUUUAAAAAAAAGACUAUUUCUUAAGAACAGCAAAGCCAUGAUAUGCAUAUUCAUAUUCAUAUGGAAGCAUUCUUAGAUAGUGUACAUUCAGGUUUGUUCAAACAUGACCCCUGGGGGUCGGGUGGGGCCACAAUGGGUGAUCAAAGUUUUACAUAGGAAUACAUAGGUUAAAUCUUUAAAAAUCUUCUACUCAAGAACAGCAAAGCCAUGAUUGGUCAUAUUUAAAUGGAAGCAUCCUCAGAUAAUGUAGAUUCAAAUUUGUUCAAUUCAUGACCCCCCCCCCCCCCCCCCCCCCCCACUUUUAUAUUUAAACUUUUCAACCUUUCAAGACUGAACUGAUUUCUGCUUUUUUCUAGCCAUAGUGCUCAGGUGAGCGAUGUGGCCCCUGGGCCUCUUGUUAUUACUGGUAGUUUAUUUUUUAUUACUAUUUUAUGCUAAACUUUUGUGUCAUUCAUUGAUGCUCACCAAAACUAUAUGUUAAGAGGUUAAUUUUUCCCCCCUUAAAUUUUUUUUUUAUUGAGAUACAAAAUUUUGUUCUUGAGGGUUGGGUGUUGGGUGAUGAAGCAUUUUCUGUUUUACAGCCACCAGCAUUAUAACUCUGGGACCAGGCCAUGUUGGGUCACAUCAUCAUUUGUCUAUCUGUAGCUGUUUUCUGGCAUUUUUUUUUGUCUUUUAUGAAUGAAUCAGCUGUGGAAUAGGCUUUGGAGAUAUUUAUGUGUGUCUUUGCUUUAUGAGAGGGUGAGAGAAAGUAAGGAGCAUUGAUUGCUUUUGAUGGUGUUACAUAUUUGGAUGUGAAGAUUAAUGGUGCAAAAGGUUUCAUCUGUCCAGUAUUUUAUUUUCUCUCUAACAAAACCAAAUUAACAUUUCCUGGCUUUUUUCACAUCUAAGUGGUCGCUAUUUCUAGAUAAAAAUCAGUUUAUAUUGUAUUUGAAAAAUUUUAUUGGAACUUUAAAAUGAUCCGGUUUUUUUUUUUCAAUAUUGUUGUGCAAUUUUCUUUGGUUUAAUUUCGAAAUAAUGUAAAUUAUGUAUAUUUUUAUACUAUUUUCUUCAAGCUUUGUUUUUAAUACAUUAUGGCUUGUGUGAUAGGACUUGUGUGGGGGAAAUUCUUAGGGUGUUUUUAUAUCAUUGAUGUAUGUGUUAUGUGUAGAAUCUGAGAAUGAGGUGUCAGUGGGCACAUUGCUUCUGUGUAUAAAAUUGUUAUUGGUAUUUCACUAAGCCGUUGUGUUGUCCUGUCUGUGAGAGAUCCAGUUUUUUUUUUUAAGAGUUUGUGACAAUGGUCUUUGAGUUUAUAUACAGGACAUCAGAGCGGCUUCUCCAAUGAGAGUUUAAAUUGUAGAUAAUAUGUUUAAAGUAUCUGUUAAAUAAAACUAUGAAUUCA